CCAGCGACAAGCCCGUGGCAGGCAAGAUCAGAUUAUAACUAUUCUAGUGCUCGCGCGACAUGGCAUGUGUAUCGUGCGAAGACUGUAGGAUGCCUCAUUCUCUCGGAAAGGUGAGAAAGAAUAGCGAAACGCACUGUUGGCAAGGAUCGGUAAGGGAUGGCUGAGGAGUCUCCAAAAUCGAAAGCCACGAGAUGUCCUGCAGCUUCACGUAUCAGGCAGAAACAACAAAAAAAGAAAGCAUGUAUCUGCAUGCAGCUGAGCAACCCUUUUGAACUCGCCAUGCACGCCCGGUUUCGUCAUCAGCACCCUUUCGGGACAUGGGAAGACGGAAUAUGGCCGAGCAUGGGGCAGUCGCAAGGCGAACGACAAUAGCUACGACAGCAAGUGUUCGUUGACAUCGCCUUGUCCUUUUCCACGUCUGCCUGAUGCGGGCCGUGCCGGAGGGAGGAGCAAGACGGGUUGAGCAUGGCUCUUUUCCUGUCUCUGAGAAGUCCUAUGCUCGGAAGAGGAGCACAGAGAACUCCGCUCGUGUCGCCAGUGUCCGCUCGCCAUGCUCUCCCAUAUCACUACUGCCUAGCGUAUCUACGGCAGAAUCGCAAAAGCGAUUUUGCCAGCCGGGCGGCCCGGGCGGCGGCCUGCUGCUUGCGCAGUUGCACCACAUUGCAAUAUGUGCGUCGUGGCAUGCCAUGCCCUGCUGGGGACGGAUACCAGAGCAAGAAAGGAUGUUCUCGUCGUUGGAAGCAAAGCUGUCAAGCGAUCACAUAUUCAAAUGUAUCAGAAUGGGCUCGUUCUGUCCACCAAAUGGGAACACGACAGGAGCACAUGUUUGUAAACCACGUGCUAGAUGCAGCCGCUCUGCGUCCUUUUGUUCCGUCGAAACGUCGCAAAUCCACAGGUCGUGAGCGAUCGUGUUUCUAGACAUGUCCGGUACAUUGUCUGUCCUAUCGAGAACGUGAGAAAAUAAUAAGGACAGUGUCACCUUUCAGGUCAAAUCUGACAAGAACGGAACGUGUUCCAUUUUCUGCAAUGAGGCAAAUACAUGACAGUUGAGUGGCGCCCGCACCGAGCAUGCAACUGGGUCACGAUCAGCUAG